GAUUUUCCGCCUCAUCCUGAGACACUUGCUAGAAAACCAUCUUCUCUGUCAUUGUAUCCUGCUCUGUGGAAGCCUCAGACCAUGUGGAUUUUUCUGCCACUCCUCCUUCUGAUGGUGACAGCAUCUUGCUCGGAAAUAGAAGAGAGUGACAACACCCGAAAGAACUGUCCUGCAAUGGCCUGCUGUCCUGCAGGCCUGAAUGGCCUCCCUGGAAGAGAUGGGCGUGAUGGCAUCAAGGGAGAAAAAGGAGAGCCAGGCCAAGGACUCAGAGGCAUCCAGGGGCCUCCUGGAAAAGUAGGCCCUCCAGGAAUCCAAGGCUUUCCCGGGAUCAAAGGAGCAAUGGGUCAAAAAGGAGACCCUGGGGAUCGUCCCGAUUGUGACUGUGGGAUAACUACUUCAGAGAAAGAAGCUCUACAAGCAGAACUGGACCGUAUCAGACAGUGGAUGGCUUUUGCAAUGGGCAAGAAAGUUGGGAAUAAGUUCUUCUUGUACAGUGUUGCAAUGAUGACCUUUGAUGAAGUGAAGACCCUGUGUGCCCACUUCCAAGCCACUAUGCCCGUUCCCAGGAAUGAGGAAGAGAACAAAGCCAUCCAGAGUCUAGCCAAAGAAAAAACACCCUUUCUGGGCAUCACAGACCAGGAGAUAGAAGGUCAAUUUGUUGACAUGGCAGGAAACACGAUAACCUACAAAAACUGGAAUGAUGGUGAACCCAACAAUGCUGGCCCUCCGCCUGGGGAAGACUGUGUAGUACUCCUGACUAACGGCAAGUGGAAUGAUGCCACCUGUUCCACAUCUGCUCCGGCCAUAUGCGAGUUCUCCAUCUGAGGGGAACUUCUUGGUGCUUCUCUUCACGUCCUAAGUCCUUCGUCUGCUGAUGUUUUCAUGCCUAUCCAUAGGGAGCUUCCGUUGUGUGGGGAAUCAAAGAGAAUGAGAAGACCGACUGACAGAGUGGACGCGGGAGAAGAGACUGGCAGUGUUGCUAAGAAGGUUUCUCAUUCGGACAGAAUGAUUACUGAUGAUGAUGAUGAUAAUCACUGAUAACAACAAUAGUAGCAACAAAAUCCUAAUAGUGCUAUUAGUAGCAGCAGCUGUAAACACUGUUAAUAUUUUUUCCAGUUCUGGUAAGAUAUAACUGCCCUACAGCACUAUAUAUACAUUAUGAUUUGAACAUAUUCUAUGGAGUCAGGACAUAUAACUCAAAGUAGCUAUGCAUAGUAUUGGUAUCAUUUAGAUAAUAUUAUUCAUUAGGCUAUAUACUUUUAUUUGGGUAAGGUGAAUUUGAUAAGGGAUGAAAACAAAAUAAAUGUGUUUUUUAUAUAAA